UAACUUAAAGCCUCUCAUACCUUAAUUUUCAUUUCUUAAUCUUUACUUAUCUCACAUUAAUUUUCUUGGUGACAGUUUUUUCUGGUUUUUCUCGCUUCCUCCUCAUUAGGCUUAGCAAUUAAUGAAGAGGAAGAUGAAAUUAACACAAGCUUAACCUAAUUAGUAUUACAUUAAUAUAAUUUAUUCAUAUCAAACAAGAAAACUUGCAACACAAGAAACAAAAAAAAAGACAAGAUGAAUGAUUUAUUCUCAAAUUCGUUCAAGAAAUACACCGAUUUGAAACAGCAAGCGUAUCUCGAUGAUAUCGAGUCGGGUAAAGAACCGAUGAACCUCGAUAAAUUCUUCGGGGAUGUCGAGAAUGUCAAGGAGGAUAUGCAAACUGUUGAGAGGCUGUAUAAGAGUUUACAAGAAGCAAAUGAAGAAAGCAAAACUGUGCAUAAUGCGAAAACUAUGAAGACUCUUCGGUCUCGAAUGGACACGGAUGUCGAACAAGUUCUGAAACGAGCCAAAAUGAUCAAGACAAAACUUGAAGCUUUAGAACGAUCAAAUGCAGCUGCAAGAAAUACUCCAGGUUGCGGUCCGGGAUCAUCAGCGGAUCGAACCAGGACGUCUGUCGUGAGCGGAUUGGGUAAAAAACUUAAGGAUCUCAUGGGCGAUUUUCAAGAUCUUCGAGCUAAAAUAUCAGCAGAAUAUAAAGAAACCGUGGAACGAAGGUAUUUCACGAUUACCGGAGAGCAGGCGAGCGAAGAGACGAUCGAGAAUUUGAUUUCGAGCGGAGAAAGCGAAAGUUUCUUGCAGAAAGCGAUUCAGGAACAAGGAAGAGGUCAGAUUCUUGAUACGAUUUCGGAAAUUCAAGAACGACACGAUGCGGUGAAGGAGAUCGAGAAGAAUUUGCUUGAGCUUCAUCAGGUUUUCUUGGAUAUGGCUGCUCUUGUGGAAGCUCAGGGUCAUCAGCUUAAUGAUAUUGAGAGUCAUGUGGCUCAUGCUAGCUCGUUCGUCCGGCGAGGGACCGAUCAGCUUCAAGAUGCCAGAGAAUAUCAGAAAAGCUCCAGGAAGUGGACGUGCAUUGCCAUUUAUGGCGGAAUUAUUGUAGUCUUAUUGCUGCUAUUGCCAUUUAUACCAACAAUUUUGACUUUUUUAGGACAUUAAAAACUAAGUAAAGCCAUUUUUCUUCUUGUAACUCCAAUUUAUGUACAUGAAUUUCAUUGUAAUGGGAGAUUGUUAGAUUAUUAUGCUACUUUUGGAAAA